AUGGCAAUGGUAGUGUGGAGAGGCUCCCAGGACGAUGUGGCUGACACCCAAGGCACCCUUUCCUCGCAGACCCAAGGAGGACUAUCUCUUCCCACCCCUCAACCAGGCCAGUUGGGUCUGACAGCCUCUCAGGUCGCCCCUCCGACCCCACAGACGCCGGUCCAAGGACCCCCGAACAACACACAGUCCACGCCGACGAACCAGACGUCGCAGCAGUCGGAGAAGCAGCCGCAGCACAUUGAGUGUGUGGUGUGUGGUGAUAAAUCCAGUGGCAAACACUAUGGCCAGUUUACUUGCGAGGGGUGCAAAAGCUUCUUCAAACGGAGCGUACGACGGAACCUCACUUACACAUGCCGUGCCAACAGGAAUUGUCCAAUCGACCAACACCACCGCAAUCAGUGUCAGUACUGCCGCCUCAAAAAAUGCCUUAAAGUCGGCAUGAGACGGGAAGGUAUUGGGACUUUUUGUUUUCUUAAUCUUCUGUGUGUUUGUGCGUUUUAUCCUCCCAGACAUGAAUCCAUGAUAUGUCGCCCCUCAUGCUGUUUCUCUCCCCCCUCGACUGUUCCCUGCUCGGCUGUGCGGCUGCAGAGCGCCAUGGAGCGGCUCUCUGCUGUGCAGGAGACGGGGCUCGCCGGAGCUUCCUUUAUAUUUUAGCGCUGCUGCGUUUUUGUAAACAGCCUCGGCGCCUUAUUCCAUCUCUCGAAUAGCGUCAAACCCACGUUAAGGCUACGGCUAUCGAAAUUGUUUUUUAGCUUGUGAUACAUCUGUGAUACCACACAGCAGCCUCUUCUUGCGCUAUUAUGGCGAGUAUCGAAUUAAGAGAUAGCGUGUUCGGGCUACAUCUCCACAUCCUGCCCGCAUGUCUUGUUCAGCGCCUCUAAACCUGGACUUGAGGCUGAAUAAUGCAUUCAGAGACUCCGUGUAACCUGGAGAUUUUCUCUAAAUAUCAGUGCAGAACGGGCCCUCAUGUAGGGUAAAAGGAGAUGAAUUGCUAAGUAGGUUAAGGGUUAAACAUGCAAGGUCUCCCUUGCCCUCUUUGUGUUCCUUCACAGCCAGCUCAUGUUGCUGUUGCCGAAUAACAUCAUUUUAAAGCUCGACAUAUACACAUGGCGAGUGUUCAACGCCUCUCUGCUGUUUCAGGCGUUAUUAUUCUCACCAGUCUCAUAAGCAGCGAUGUAAUUGUAUUUUUAAACUGCAAUAACAUAAUGUGUUUGUGUGUGUGUAUAUGUGUGUGUUUGUGUAUGUGUGUGUGUGUGUGUUGAUGCUGUGUGUCUUUGAUUGAUGGCUCAGAAUAUUCUGUAAUAUUUUCCAGCAUGCUCUUUGUAACUGUGUGAUGGUUUUUGUAGAAUUCAGGCUUCAAUAUCUGUAGUUUCUCUUUUUACUGCAGCCGUGCAAAGGGGACGGGUGCCACCCACACAGCCACACCACGGUCAGUUCGCCUUGACAAAUGGAGACCCACUGCACUGCCAUUCCUACUUAUCCGGAUAUAUCUCUCUUCUGCUGAGAGCGGAGCCCUACCCGACGUCCCGGUAUGGCAGCCAAUGCAUGCAGCCCAACAACAUCAUGGGCAUCGAGAACAUUUGUGAACUAGCAGCCAGGAUGCUGUUCAGCGCCGUGGAGUGGGCCAGGAAUAUUCCCUUCUUUCCAGACCUGCAGAUCACAGACCAGGUGGCUCUGCUGAGGUUGACGUGGAGUGAGUUAUUUGUGCUGAACGCGGCGCAGUGCUCCAUGCCCCUGCAUGUGGCUCCUCUCCUGGCGGCGGCUGGCCUGCACGCCUCCCCCAUGUCCGCGGACAGAGUGGUGGCCUUUAUGGACCACAUUAGGAUCUUCCAGGAACAAGUGGAGAAGCUCAAAGCUUUGCACGUUGACUCUGCUGAAUAUAGCUGCUUAAAAGCAAUUGUGCUCUUCACCACAGGUAAGACAAAAAGACGAGCACACUCAAAGUUCAGUGAACGCACCCUCACACAUGCACACUGACAUCAGCCAAAUCAACCCUGACCUAAAUAUUUAUCUGCUCUGGCUGGAGGUUGUUGCUUAUGUUAGAGGGAAAACACCCUGCUCAAAAUGCUGCCUUCACGGUCCCGGGCUAUUGGCAAAUAAUUAAAAAAUCACUUGACUAACCAACUGAUUUAUCUGACACAUUUACAGGAACACAAUGGGCUAUCCUACCAUGACCGUGCCUUAUAUUUCCUCAAAUAAAUACACAGACAAGUCCAGCAACAUAAAAACACUCUCAGGGCGUAAAAUAAUUCAGAUAAUUUCACAGAAAGUGCCUGAAGGAGCUGUUCACACACUCUUUAAAGAAUCUAAUAGCUUACAUAAGAUUAGCUACACUUUGAUUAUUUUUCCCGUCAUUUAUCAAUGUAUGUGAAGCCCACGUCUUGUUUGUAGGGAUGACAGAUAUAAAUGAUGUCAGGCUCCGAGGGGGAGGGGAAAAAGAAAAAGGAGAGAGACAAGCCUAAUGUGCCAUUUGCACACAGUCAAAGCUAAAGCGCAGGUUUCCAACGCUCCUCUUGUCCAUUUUUUUGGGGGGGACACACACAUGUCUUAGAAAUAGCAACCGAGACACCCCAUGUAACAGCGAGGCCUAUAUGUCAUAAAAAACAACAAUAUGUCAGAGAUGAACCCUUUGAGGAGUGACAGGAGGGGCGGCUUUCAAUUUCAUUUGCAGAAAUAUUCCCUGCGUCCAAAGUGGAAUCCAAGGCGUCUGCCAAAACCAGGUCGUGACCCAAACUUCGCUGCUAUUUAGUUACAUUAGCUGCUGCAUUGUGGGUAAAAUAAAAAAAAUAGUGUCGAAGAGGUUUACAAGGUUUCACUAUGAAGUGAAUGUCUUCAAUAUGACACCACACCUGCGAGCCAGCAGCCUCUGGAUCUCCUUCAGAACACUAUUGUUAUGGUUGGGCUACUUCUCCAAAUAAAUCACAUUACCUGUGAUUGAGUUUGAUUCUAAAAGUCCACCGUGUCUCUCCCGUUUGUCCUCCUCGUACCUGGGGUCCCGGAGGCUUGAACUUGAGCUGUGUGUGUGUUGGAGCUUGAAUGACACACCUCCUGCUACUUUGGUGGUUUUUGGUUGUUGUUGUGCAUAAACUUUACAAACUUAACCAACGCGCGUACAAGCGUUGUUUUGGCACAUAAUCAGCAGCCGCCCACACGCAGCAGCACAGAUAGUGAUUAUGCGUCUCUGGUGGUGUAGUAUGACGGCAACUCCGUAGGCUAUGGGCCCUUUUUUCCAAGCUAAAUCUCUGCUCACUAAAGGUCAGUAGGUCUCCCCGUCUUUCCCUCUCUCUCUCUCUCUCUCUCUUUCUCCCUCUCUCUCUCCCUCCCCCUCCUCUCCUCCUCGCUCUUGCCUGUGACUGUGAAAGACAGGCCCCGGUUUAAAACACAGGCUUUGGCUAUGAAUAUGCUUAAUUAUUUAGCUCGAUUUUAAGUGGUUUUAUCGAGGGAAAUAAUCGGGAAGACUUGGCGAUAAAAUGAGGAAGAUGAUGGGAAAGCACCGCUCACGUUUCCAUCCGCUUGUUGGUUGUAGCGAGCAGAAGAGUUGGCGUUUUUGUUUUUACUGUUUAUAUUUCUCUUUAAUUUUAAUUCAAGUUUAGUUUUUUUAAAUUUGCUUAUAAUUGUUAUUUUUAUUUGAAGGUGAAAUAAGAAGCAACAGAGCGCAGAGCUGCCUUCUUAUAACCGCGUUGAGUUCAUUUUUUACUCUUGAAAUUAUUACAAGUUAUUCCUCAACAACUGUGAAUUUUUCACGUAAAUAACCACGACACCAACAACCUCAAAUUUUCAAAUUUGUCGUGAAUAAAUUCCCCUAGAAUAAACCCUCUUGUGAAAAAUCUCUGACAGGUUGUGAGUUGUCGCCAGUAAAUCAGCCCAGACUAGGAACAGCCUCCUCGUGAGAGAAACACUUUAUUAAUGUUUAUUUGCUUUCCCCCCCUCCCAGAUGCUUGCGGCCUCUCAGAUGUGGCCCAUGUGGAAAGUUUGCAGGAGAAGUCCCAGUGUGCCCUGGAGGAAUAUGUCCGGAGCCAGUACCCCAACCAGCCCACACGCUUUGGGAAGUUGUUACUCCGCUUGCCUUCCCUCCGCACAGUCUCUUCCUCGGUCAUAGAACAGUUAUUUUUCGUCCGAUUGGUAGGUAAAACCCCCAUUGAAACUCUCAUCAGGGAUAUGUUGCUGUCGGGGAGCAGUUUUAACUGGCCUUACAUGUCAAUUCAGUAA